ACAGAUGUCUCAUUUCUCUUGUGAAGAUGAAGCUCUGUUACAGUCUAUGCUCAGACAAUUACUGCAGAGUGUGAAGGAAAAAAUCACAGGAGCACCAUCAGUGGAGUGUGCUGAAGAGAUUCUUUUACAUUUGGAAGAAACAGAUGAAAAUUUUCACAACUAUGAGUUUGUGAAAUACCUUAGACAAUACAUAUGUAGCACUCUGGGCUCUGUGAUUGAAGAAGAAACAGAAAAAUGUACCUCUGCUCAAAGUCAGGGUGAAGGAUCUGGUUAUGACACUCUUGUCCAACAUGUUACAAAGAAGACUCGGGAAUCAAAAGAGUACAGAGAAAUGAUGCAUUCCUUGAAGAAUGUCAUGAUGGUGGUGGUGGAAUCACUGAUUAACAAAUUUGAAGAAGAUCAGAUGCGUAAUAAGGAGAUGCAUAGGAAAACCAAGAAAGAGCAACAUAGUGCUUACCAUACAGACAACUGCUCUGAUAGUGACUCAUCAUACAAUCAGAGUUAUACAUUCUUGAAUCAAGAACAAUUACAGCUACUUGUGGAAAGGCUUGACCCUGCUCAACCUAAGGAGGUGCGCCAGGAAGCAAUGCAGACAUUGUGUUCUGCGCCUCCCUCUGAUGUACUAAACUGUGAGAGUUGGUCUAAUUUGCGUAAACAUCUGACAAUGUCUCUCUCGGAUCCUGAUUCUACAUUCAGUGACAAAAUUUUGAGGUUCUAUGCAAAGACCUUUUCAUCUUCUCCACUAAAUAUGACAAGGGAAGUAUAUACAAGCCUAGCGAAACACUUAGAAUUGUACUUUCUUUCUGGAGAAAAUUGUAUUCCUACUAUUUCAGAUGGUAUAGACAUAACUAACCCAGAAAUAAUUCGUUUACUUAAAAAGGUGCGUCUUCUAAAUGAGUACCAAAGAGAGGUUCCCUCUUUCUGGAUUCGUCAUCCAGAAAAGUAUAUGGAAGAAAUAGUUGAGAGUACCUUAUUGCUGUUGUCAGUAAAACGUGAGCAAAGACACCUUGUCUCUCCAAAACUUUUGGAUCCAGUCUACUUCUUGGCUCUGCUUGAUAUCAAAGCUGUGUGGUUUAAAAAAUGGAUGCAUGCAAAUUAUAGCAGAACAGUGGUACUAAGGCUCCUUGAAAAGAAAUAUAAAUCUCUGAUUAAUGCAUCUGUUCAACAGUGUGUUUACUACUUUGAAUCAUGUGAAUCAGCAGUUGAUGCAACUUCCAGAGUUAAUGUUUUGCCCCAGCAGUACAGCAGUAAAUCGAAAGCUACGGCUAUCUCUAAACAACAAGUUGCUUACCUAUAUUUAGAAAGUUCAUUUUGUUAUGAGGUUAAUAUAGUGCUUUAUUUUAUAGACUCCUUUUUUUCCUUUGUGAUUUUUGUAGAUUUCAUAUCCCUAACCGACCUGUUGGUACUAUUUAUUCGAUUUAUUUAUUGCUCUCCCACUUGCCCAAUGACAACUCUGACAGUGCACACAGGCAAUUAUUCUCCAGCAAUCCUUGUUACUGAGGUGCUGCAAAUUCUGUGUGACCGAACUGAAUGUGCUACUGACUGUUUAUAUACUAAUACAGUGAUAGAUGCACUUCUUCAUCCCAUUCAUAAUUUACUGAAUGGAACAGAGAUGUAUAUAAAUUGCCCUGAAACCUCUUUAAUACAUAUAGCUGAUAUUUUGGCAAGGAUUGCUGCUGUAGAAGAUGGCCUUUCUCUUCUCCUUUAUGGAGGAAACAUGAACACUGCCAAAAAGGAUAGUCUUACAGCAGCUCAUACAAUUGUUCAAUUUACAAAGAAACUCCUGGAUGAAAAUAUUUCUGUUUUGUCUGGAACCGAGAUGUUACCAGCCCUUAAAGGAGCUUUCAUUUUUGUAUGUCGUCAGAUGUAUGGUACCUGUGAAGGUCUGCAGGUGCUGAUUCCUUAUGGUUUGCAUGAAUCCAUUGCUGACGCUUGGAAGAAGGCUAGUUCACUUUCAGAAAGGAUUCCUACUCCUGUACCUGGAACAGACUCUAUUUCAUCAGGAAAUCAAGAGUCACAAAACAUUAUGGUAUGGGAAGAGACUUUAUUAGAUGAUUUAUUAAACUUUGCUGCCACUCCAAAAGGUCUUCUUCUGCUUCAGAAUACAGGAGCCCUCAAUGAAUGUGUAACCUUUAUGUUCAGCAGAUUUUCAAAAAAACUCCAGGUGAGUGGAUGUGAAAGGUUUGGUUAUGGAAUAAUGGUUACACAAAUGGCAGCGACAUCUCCAGGUGCAGUAGCUCUGCAGCGUUCAGGGUUUAUAAAAGCACUUAUAACUGAAUUAUGGGCUGUUCUGGAGUGUGGAAGAGAUGAUCUUAGAGUAACUCAUCCCAGUUCUACUCCAGUAGAUCCUAUUGACCGAAGCUGUCAGAAGUCUUUUCUAGCGGUGGUAAAUUUGCUAUCCUAUCCUGCUAUUUAUGAACUGAUAGGUGAUCAGGAGAUACCAAAUAAACCAGAAUAUUCUCUCCGUGAAGUUCCUACAAAUGUUGCUGAUGUAAUUGACAGACUUAUAAUUUUGAAUUCAGAUGCUAAAAUUCACUCCUUAUUCAACUAUGAACAAUCACACAUCUUUGGUCUGAGGUUGUUAAAUGUGCUGUGCUGUGAUCUAGAUACACUUCUACUUUUAGAGUCUCAAUAUAAACUAUCACAAGUGCUUCUAAAUGCCCAGAAGGAGAACAUCAUAGAAACUUCUGAAGGACCUGGAAAUGUUAUAAUUGAUGGUCUAUCGGUAGAGAGAAACCAUAUUCUUGUUAGGAUAAAUCUUACAGGAGGACCAGCGGAACGGAUUUUGCCUCAGAGAGUACUAAAUAAGGGCACUGAUCCAUAUCCCUGGUCAAUGUUUUCAUCAUACCCCUUGCCAAGGUGCUAUCUUUCAGAAGCUCCUAGGAAAGCUGAUUUUAGACAAGAUAGCGAUCUCAACAAGCUGUUGGCAUUCUUAAAAAAUCCAGAUAAACAGCUAGUGUGGCUUGAAAACUGUAGAAAACAGUUUUGCAAAAUCAUGAAAGCCAAACCUGAUGUCAUCAGUGGAACAAUUUUGGCAGAAUUAAUUGAAAAGUUUGUGUUGCAUCUUUCUGAAAACCCAUCAGAAUGUUACUUCAGCACUGGAGAAUAUGAAGCUGCAAAUGCAAAUGUGAAGAAUGAAAGCCUUUCAUCUGUGCAGCAACUUGGCAUUAAAAUGACAGUCAGGUAUGGUAAAUAUUUACAUUUGCUGAAAGAUGAUGCUGAAAAUGAUCUGUGCCUGGUGUUAAUGCACUGUGACAAAUUUCUGAAACAACAGCAAACAUCCAUGAAGUCCUCACUUCGUUGUCUGCAGGAAGGUUAUGCUGGCUAUGACUGGUUUGCAUCGUCUGUAUUUCUGAUAAUGUCAGGAGAGAGAGAGAAAACAUUAACAUUUCUUCAGCAAUUUUCCAGUCUUCUCCUCUCAGCAUUUCUCUGGCUGCGAAGACUGCAUGUUUCUGUACACCUACCUAUUGACACAGCAGAAUCUGGCAUUCACCCCAUCUAUUUUUGCAGUGCUCACUACAUUGAGAUGUUGCUGAAGGCUGAGUUGCCACUUGUCUUUUCAGCUUUCCACAUGUCUGGUUUCACUCCAUCACAGAUUUGUCAGCAGUGGCUAGCUCAGUGUUUCUGGAAUUACUUGGACUGGAGUGAGAUCUGUCACUACAUUGCUACAUGUAUUUUCCUUGGUCCUGAUUAUCAGAUCUAUAUGUGUAUAUCUGUGUUCAAACAUCUUCAGCAAGAUAUUCUGCAGCACACACAGACCCAAGAUCUACAGGUUUUUCUCAAAAUGAAAAUAAUUAAACAAAAUACUCUGCUUCCCAAUCAAUGUAACCAGUACAUUGGCAAGAUACCUGAAAAGACUAAGCAUCAGCAGGUGGACUCAACAACCAUCUCUACGUUCACCAAGGAAAUGAACUUCAAAGAAUCCCUGACCAUGGAAGAAAGACUGUACUCUGCUCCAGUAAAAAUCAGGCUUUUGAAAAGCACAGUACUUAAUUAAAAUACUUCAAGUAAAUCCCACAUAUUAUGGUAAAAAGAAUUAAUAAUUUUAAAAUAAUCAGGUUAAUUUUCACGCCAUCUAUCGCUGCCACAGCAUAUACUCCUGAACACACCAACAUAGCUGUUUUUGGCAGGCAAAUUGGUGGGCCAAGCUCAAAACUCUACCUACGUCUUGCCCCCGCUUGCAAAGGAAAGGGAUGUAGUGGCUAUGUUGAGUUUGCUUCCCCUUUUGUGCUGGCAAUACAAGAGGUAGCUGGUAUAGGAAAGUAAGCUCCCAAUGCCCAUGGUUCGCCAUUCCCGGCCAAUGGGAGCUGCGGGAAGUGGCGCAGGCAAGAAGCAAGAGGGACAGAC